GCUCUGAGCCCUCGGCCGCCGCGUCCCAGCCUCCACAUGGCCGCCGGACUGGGCGCGGCCUUCGAGGAGCUGACUCCCGAUGGCACGUGUGAUGAGUGCGAACCAGAUGAGGCUCCAAGGGCCGAGGAAGUGUGCCGUGAAUGUGGCUUUUGCUACUGCCUCCGCCACGCCGAGGCGCACAGGCAGAAGUUCCUCAGUCACCACCUGGCCGAGUACAUCCAUGGCGCCCAGGCCUGGACAUCCCGGCCUCUUGGAGAUGGGGUGGGGAAGGACGACGUUGGGGCUGAGGCGGAGCUGGAGAGAGAAGUAGAAAGCGAAGCGGGGGAGGAGAGCGAGUCAGAGGAAGACAGCGAGUCGGAGGAAGAGAGCGAGACAGAGGAGAGUGAGGAGGAGAGUGAGGAGGAGAGCGAAGAAGACAGUGAGGAAGACAUGGAAGAUGAGCAAGAAAGUGAGGCGGAAGAGGACAACCAAGAAGGAGAAUCCGAGGCAGAAGGAGAAACUGAGGCAGAGAGCGAAUUUGACCCAGAAGUAGAAAUGGAAGCAGAGAGAGUGGCUAAGAGGAAAUGUCCAGACCAUGGACUCGAUUUGAGUACUUACUGCCAGGAAGAUAGGCAGCUCAUCUGUGUGCUGUGUCCAGUCACUGGGGCGCACCAGGGCCACCAGCUAUCUACCCUAGAUGAAGCCUUCGAAGAGCUAAGAAGCAAAGACUCAGGUGGACUGAAGGCGGCUAUGAUAGAGUUGGUGGAAAGGUUAAAGUUCAAGAGCUCAGACCCUAAAGUAACUCGGGACCAGAUGAAGGUGUUUAUACAGCAGGAAUUUAAGAAAGUUCAGAAAGUGAUUGCUGAUGAGGAGCAAAAGGCCCUUCAUCUAGUGGACAUCCAGGAAGCAAUGGCCACAGCUCAUGUGACUGAGAUAUUGGCAGACAUCCAGUCCCACAUGGACAGGUUGAUGACACAGAUGGCCCAGGCCAAGGAACAACUUGAUACCUCUAAUGAAUCAGCUGAGCCAAAGGCAGAGGGCGAUGAGGAAGGACCCAGUUUGGAUAGUGGGAGAAUAAAUACCAAACAAGAUACAGAAUGUGAUAAGGGCUACGAGAGAAGACAGAGUAUAAACAGGCAGUUCUACUCAGAUAGAGGACCUUCUCUAAAGAGUGGUGCCAGUGAAGAAGAGGACACAUGAAGACUUGGCAUCCCCAGUGGAAAACCAUCCCUCCCCUUGUGUGUCUGUGACAGCUUGUGUGUGUAAUGGCUUCUGAUUUCUAUGAAAGCUGCCCAGCAGCCAAUGUCCUUCCUCAGAUCCAUAGUGGGCACAUAUCUCUCCAAGAGACAACCAGUCAUAUGCUUGUUGAGUGUGUGCUUCUCAUCUUCUUGUUGUGAUAGGUCAAGGAAAGAGUGUCUUUGAUCAACUGGGAGCAAUUAAGAAGGGUCCUUCAGGUACCCUCUCCACGGCUGCUUUGAACUUACUCAGGAAAGUCAGUCUCUAAUAUUACAGAAGUCAAAAGUAUCACUUCAUCAAGAAGAAUCUGGAAAAAUUUGGAAGGGAAGUCGGAGUUUUGGCCUACAUGCAAACAAAACCCCACCUUGUUGAUAAUAAAGCAUGAAACAAAAGAAGACAAAGUUAAGGCUGAAUUGACUCAUGUAGACAGUCUCUCAUAACCCAUUUCUACCUUUGUGAACAUGAGUACCAUGAAGCAGGAUAGAUGACUUAAAAAUGGAAUUGGAAAAGAUUAAGAGCUAGAAUGAUAGAUAUUUUUAGUAUUUGAAGUUAUCCAGUACUUCAGAUUCAUAAUUCAGUGCUGUGGAAAUGAAAAAAAUGAUUGAAGAGAUGGAAAGGAAAUGGUCUUAGGAAAAAAAAGUGGACCAAAGAAUCUGAUUAAAAGAUGAAAUUAGUAUUUCUGCAUUCAAAUUGCCCAAGCUCCCAAAUAGUUACUAAAGGAUCUGACAGAACUUGAAUUAUUUAGGUGAGCUCUGCAGGUUUUAUGGGCUUGUCCUAACAUGAAAGGCUGAAAUGUAUAUUGCCAAAUGAGAAUUUUCACUAUAGAUUUUGCCAGUCUCACUCCCAGGUUAACCUGAUACAGUGUGGGAGAAUUCUUGCCACUUUGUGGCUUGCUGAAUUCAGCUUCCUUUCUCAGCAGAUACCGGCCAGCCUUUCACUCCAGCUGGAAUCUUCCUUCCUUUGGCGUUCCUCACCCACAGACCUUCAAAUCGUCUUCCACACCCUAGCUCUUUGCUCUUAAGUAGCAUAAGCAUACACACCUCCGAAGCUUGGGUUUCCAGGCUUUUCCCCACUCCCAAAUCAGAGUUCCUUACAACCGAGCUUUAUACCCCCAAGGAGGCAUCAGUGUGCUAGGGGAAUACAAAACUGCAAGUUCAAAAGCAUGCAUCUUGCUGAAACAUCAGUUUUCUUAAAUGGUUUGAAGUUAGGGGCUAGCCUGUUUAUAUAAAAGAAAACCAGAUAUAUUACAGAAUACAGUAUCUGUACAAAAUCAACUAUUUAGCUAAAAUGGGAGACUUGGAAGGUACUUUUUACCAAUGGGCUAUGCGUUUCCUCUCUUCUGCGUUUAGUGGUAUUUCCAUGUUCAUUUCUGAGGAAUACAAUCAGAACCAUAUCCAAGAAGCCUGGGGGUUGCCACUAACUGAGGGCCUAGACUUCUAGCUCUUCUGAGGCAGAACCGAGGAGCCUGCUUUGAAGGAAAUCCUUUUCCUGCCUCCCUGAUUGCCUACCUGUACCUGUGUACUUAGCACAAAGCUGUAGGACCAUCUGAUAAUAUGUGUGUGCAGGAUAGUUUUGAGGCAGAAGCAAUACUUGCUUACUGUAGGAGUCCUAUUUAUAAUCCUUGUUCAACUCUGCAUGCUAUGAAAUGACUCAUUCUUUUGAGCCAGGAAGCUACUGAGCAUAUAUACUUCUGGGUUAGGAUUACCCUUGUUCUCUACAUCUAUAAGGAUAUUGAGAUUGAGAGGAGUUUGACUUGUUAAAGUAAUGUUUAUCUCUCAAACUGAUGUCCAUCAAAUGUCUAAGACACUUUUGGUGCUUUAUCUGUCUACAAAGACUGGAGAAUUUAGUAUAUAUAUACCACGAGUUAAAACCUCCAACCAUACUCAACAGAACUACCCCAACUGAAGAACCAACAGCCACUCUUCAAUGAAUUUAAAACAUCAGAAGACUGCAAAGACUUGUAUUUGGAAGCUUGUAUUGUCUUUCCCCAAUAAUCACUGUUUGAUCUUAAAAUGAUAACCUUGUAUUAGCAGUGGAUGGAUCAUUGGAUUUCUAUACCUGAUCAUAUUAUUACUUUAAAUAAGUAUUUGGAAAAUCCAAGCAUUUAUGCAGCAGAUAUAAACGGAUAUAUAAAAAUAUGUGCCAUCCAAUCUCAAUAAAUUAUCUUACGUCUACAGUCUUCAAGGAAAGCACUUUUGCUUUUACCUAGGUUUGCUUUAUGGGCUCCUGCUGUCUUAAGCACCUGAUAAAACUUUAACCAUGGAAGUAUUAAACACAGCACUACAGCUUCUGCCCAGGCUCCUCAGUUCCUGCCAGCAGCAUUUAUCAGUGAACUAGGAUGAACUAGGAUGCUUCCUCCAGUGGCACAGCUUCCCCCCAGAGCUGGAGCACACUACUUGGCCUUAAGCCAGAGCAGCGUGAUGAAGCUCCCCCUCCUGCUAGGUCAGUAAAAGUUAAGAGUGCUCAGAAUUGUGUCCUCACUGACCACAGGCAGCAGGGUUUAUAGAAAUCCCUUGGGCAGUGGUGGCGAACCUUUGGCACAUGUGCCACAGUUGGCUGUUUCUUAUCCUUAAAAGCUCUAAAGCUUUGGCAUCACUGCCUUAGUGGGACAUCAUUGAGGAAUGCAGAUAAUGGAUGUAUCUAGAAUAAAUGGUACUCAGAGCAGUUCCUGGCUGCCUUCCAAAUGUUGGACUACAUGGUGGAAGGGAUUUGUCCUUUGAUACAAUAUUAUUAAAUCCUGGACAGUCCCAGAAGUACUUGAAGUCUUAGCUCUGAUAGCUCAGAAAGGGAAAUAAGCAGUAUUGAGGAUUAACUAUGGGCCAGUCCUUAUGCCUACCUUUGUUAGGUGAUAGAAACAGUUGCAGAGAGGAAGAGUCACUUGUCUAGGAAAUAUUGGAAAUAGUUUUGAACCCAGCUCUCCCUGCUCUGUGGGCAGCCCUUUGCACAGAUGAUGGCAAACCUGAAAACAGAAGGGGAAAAAGACUUCAGGAUUCCUCACUGCAGUCUGACCAUCCAUUUUUUGAACUUUUUCAAAAAGCUAUUUCAUGGCUGUAAUUUGGGCUCAGAAAUAACAUUGGAGUUCCCUUAUUCCUCUGCUCUAGCAGAUGCUUUAAGUGCACAUUGUUGAUUUGGGCCUGCCCCAGGAAUUGGGAGUUUUUCCUUUUUGGUGCCAUCCCCCAUAAAUAAGAUGGCUUUUUUUUACUUCAAAAGUGUAGAACUUCAAAAAUAGUAAAAGUGAAGGGUAUUCAGCUCUCUACUUUUAUUUUAAAAUAUCUGCUGCUUCAUUGAUGCAGGAAAUUUUCAUAUUGUAUUAAAUGUAGCCACCAGUUCUGGAUUCUGAAGGAAGUUUCAAUUCAAAGUCCAGUGAAUAUAUUUCUUUCCCACUGAUACCUGGGGUGUGUCUGUGUAGCUGGAUGUAUAUGAUAAAUGUGAUGUGUUUUUCUGUGUACACACAGACACUGUUUUAAGCACUAAGAGACUUUCAUAGCAGCCCCUCGUUAUCUUGCAUACCACUGCAAAGGUUUCUGCUAGCCUGAUUACAAGUGCUGCCAGAUAACUGGACCCUGUGUGCUUAAAGAGUUACUCCCUGGCAGAAGUUGUCAGCUCCUAAAGCACUGAACCAAGGAAACAGCCCUGAAAGAAAUUGCACUCCAGUCCUCCUCCAAGAUGUCUAAUAACACGACAAAUUUACAUACCCGGCCAUUUUAGUGACCUGGGUCAUUUUGGUCACUUUCGUUGGGCUUGAGGGCGCAACUGUAUAAUUCACAACCUUGUAGUAGUGAAAGAGCUUAAGAAACCCUCUCCCCAGGCCGCCCUAGAAAAUAUCCUCUUGAUUCUUAAAAUUCUACCCUCACAUAAUGGCUGUUCAGUAUAUGCUUCUCCAGAAAAUCAGUUGUACAUUUACUAUGUGCUAAACACAUCCAGAACUUUCUGCUUAAAAAACAAAACUCUCGUGGAUCAGGUCCAGCUCAGCCCUAAGAGAAAAACCCUGUAGGGGACACUCCAGAUCUCACAUUUCUUUUACCCAGCAAUGUUUCAGAAAGCCCCCACCCUGCAGUCUUCAAACAGCCAUAAGACUGAUCCGUUCUGGGAAAGACAAUAACAUUUUGGAUACUGGACUUGCCUGGUAAGACAUCUGGAACUGAGAGCAAACCAAAAAUGGCAGAAGAAAGACCAAAGCAGGAAAAUGAAAAUGAAUGAAGACACAUGGCUACUUGGGGCCCACACUGGGCUUUAUGAGGCCUCAAGGGCACAGCAGCUUCACACUUGAGCAGUCUUCACAGUGACAGGCACUGCACUAGUGGGUAGGACCAUUGAAGCCAUGGUCCGCCACUUGUUUGCCUGUGCACAGUCCCAUUCUCUUCUUAUUCAUCUUUCCUUUCUACCCCUUAAACAAGGGAACACUCAAUCUUUCAAGGGAAUUACUUUGAGUUAAUGUUUCAGUAUAUCAUUUUCAUACUGUAAAUUAUUUUGUAAGAGAGAUUUACUGCUAUCCCAGGAUGUUUGAACUUGGCACCCCUGUGCAUUUGGAAAUCAAUAAACCAUUACU